AAAAGUGACAGAUUCCGCGGAAAGCUGUUUGUACACAGAACGCGCGCGCUCGUGUUUGGGAAACGGUUCACGCUCGCUGCUGGCUUUAUCGGGUGCAUCCUCUUCAAGUCUUAAUUUUAUGUUUUGCGUUCGUAUCUAUGCGCUUGGCAAACAGUCGAUCGAACAGCUACAAUCGAACCAAACUGAUUGUCCCGUCCUCCUCCUUCAACAAACAGACUUCUCCACCCAAGCAUGAAGAAAUCGGCAAGCUCAUCGUCCAGCUCUUCGGAACCGGCAGCAAAGAAACACAAACCCAACGAUGGUCCACCGGCACCGGCUGUCGAUAAGGUGGAUGGAUGCCCCGAAGACUAUGUGGCACUGUUCAAGGCAGAUCGCAAAGCGACCGCAAAAUCGAUACUGGAUUUUGAUUUUAGCAAGAAACGCGUUCGCAUUCUUUCGGACGCCAAAAGCAUUGAGGAUGGCAAGCGUGGCGUUCUCUACUGGAUGUCCCGGGACGUACGGGUGCAGGAUAAUUGGGCGUUCCUUUUCGCCCAGAAGCUGGCCCUGAAGAACGAUUUGCCGCUGCACGUGUGCUUCAAUCUGGUGCCAAAGUUUCUGGACGCUACCAUACGCCACUUCAAGUUCAUGCUGAAGGGUCUGGAGGAGGUGGCAGACGAGUGUCGCAAGCUGAACAUUCCGUUUCAUCUGCUGCGCGGCAAUGCCGGCGAUAAUGUGCCGGAAUUCGUGAGGAAGCACAAGAUCGGUGGCGUGGUGUGUGAUUUUAGCCCGCUGCGCGUACCGAUGGGCUGGGUGGACGAGGUGAAGCAAGCGCUCCCGAUGGAGGUUCCGCUGUGCCAGGUGGAUGCGCACAACAUUGUGCCGGUGUGGGUUACGUCCGACAAGCUGGAGUACGCGGCCCGUACGAUACGCACCAAGGUGAACAAAAAUCUUCCCACGUACCUGACGCCCUUCCCACCGCUGGUGAAGCAUCCGUUUGCGGCCACCUUCGAGGCGGACCCGAUCAACUGGACCAAGGUGCUGGACACGCUGCAGGUUGACCGGUCGGUGGAUGCAGUCGAGUGGGCCACCCCGGGCUAUGUCGGGGGCGUCAAGACGCUGCAAAGCUUCGUGGAAAAGCGGCUGGGCAAGUUUAACGACAAACGGAACGAUCCGACCGAGAACGCACUGUCGAAUCUGUCCCCUUGGUUCCACUUUGGCCAGCUCUCGGUUCAGCGUGCCAUUUUGACGGUGAAGAAGUAUGGCAAACGGUACAGCGAAAGCGUGGCGUCCUUCUGCGAGGAAGCGAUCGUUCGCCGCGAGCUGUCGGACAACUUUUGCUUUCACAACAAAAACUACGACAACCUGAAGGGCGCUUACGACUGGGCCCGCAAAACGCUGGACGACCAUCGGAAGGAUAAGCGGGUGUACUGCUACAGCAGGGGUGAGCUGGAAGCGGCCAAAACGCACGACGAUCUGUGGAACGCGGCCCAGCUGCAGAUGGUGAAGGAGGGCAAGAUGCAUGGCUUUCUGCGGAUGUACUGGGCGAAGAAGAUACUGGAGUGGACGAAAUCGCCCGAGGAAGCGCUGGAAACGGCCAUCUAUCUGAACGACCGGUACAGUCUGGAUGGGCGCGAUCCGAACGGGUACGUCGGCUGUAUGUGGUCGAUCGCAGGCAUUCACGAUCAGGGUUGGAAGGAGCGUGCGAUUUUUGGCAAAAUUCGGUACAUGAACUAUGAGGGAUGCAAGCGCAAAUUUAACGUCAAUGCGUUCGUGGUGCGCCAUGGCGGCAAAGCCCAUCAUCGCAAGUAAGCGGCGUGGAGCCCGGGGGCCCGUUACUUACGACCGAGUGAGAUUAUUAGGUUGGCGAAAAGGUUGUAAUAUUCCAGUUAAUUUGGCAUACGUCCGCCGUAUCCAGUGAAAAUCAUUUAUUUUGUACUCAUGACUCGUUUGAAGGUAAUCUCGUUCCUCAUCAGAGAUUUUGUUUUGUGUUGUUGUGUUCAUGAAUGUUCUGUUCGUUUUAUAAAAACGUCUACCUCUCUACAAGUAGAGUACUCACGGCACUAGUAAGUAAGUAAGGAACUUCCCUGACACCGGUGUACAGUUCAUCCAUACGAACUUUGCUCACGAUGGCGAAGAUAUCCACACUCCGUGUUCAAGCAACUGCAGUACAAUUAUCGAGCUGAAUAAAUAUUACUUUUAUCGCAUAAGGAA